GUGCUCCUGCAGUGAUGAUGGGACACUGUGUGUGUGUGUCCUCGUCCUCUCCAGACAAACACUGGUGUGGGCCUCAGGAAUGUCUGGAAUGGCAAUCACCUUCAUUCUAAUGACUUUCCUGCUGUCACUGUGCUGUUAGCUGCUCUUUAGUUACCUCACAACACACGAGUGCUCACAAUGGUGUGCUUUGAUGCACACACUGUCACCAUGAGUCUUCCUGCAGUCUACCUCUCACUGUGUCUCAGUUUGUUUUCCUCCACUCUCUCUUCUUAUUCCAGCUCUGCCAAGAAGUCCGGCUGCUUUAAAGUCAACAACUGCCAGUGUAUCAUGAAGGACGGGAGCGGCCUGAUUAACCUGGACGCCGUGGGCGAUGAAGGCGGUUUCCUGGGCCGUUUGAGGCCUGUGACAGCAGAGGACACAGCAGACGGUGAUGACAUGCUGUUUUCAUUCAGUCCCUGUCGUCCAUUCUCACACUUGGAGGACGUGACGGGGAGUGACUGCAGCAACAUCGCUGCGUCCCUCAUCAUCAGGCAGGACAAACACAUCAGCCGCUGUGUCAGUUAUGGACGACAUGAAGGGAAUCAGUUCCACUACAACGACACUCUGAGGACGCUGUCUGUCUCAUAUUUUGCUCACGAGGAGCGUCCUCUGACAGUGGUGCAUUAUCACUGUAAUCCAAACCAGACCACGUCUUUCAUCCGGGCCCAGAGCCUCAGUGCUGAGCAGCCCCUGCAGAUCUGGGUGGAGAGCCCCUGUGCUUGUCCAAAUGCUUGUUCCAUGGGAGAUCUGGGGUUGGGCACCAUCUUCCUCAUCAUCCUCUCCCUCAGUGCUGCCGCCUACUUUAUCCUUGGUUCCUGUGCACUCAGACCGUUUCGGGGCAGCAGUGGAGUCCAGAUGGCUCCUGAGCACAGUGUGUGGUGUAUGAUGUGUUAUCACUGUGCUGAGAGGAGGCCGGUGAGGAGACUGGACACUGAACCAUGAACAAGUGACCACACACAGGCUGGGCACUUCAGUGGGGGAUUGGAUGCCUUGCUCAGGGACACUCCAAACGUGCCAUCCAAAUAAGGCUGCCUUGCCCAGUGGCAGUGGAAACAUUCACCUGCUCUUUGAUUGAGUCCAGCUCCAGUGUGUGUGGUUCCACUCCUGAUCCUGGACUCUGCCUGUGCCCUGCUCUCCACACUUCCUCUCAGGCUGCGCAACACAAUCAGCCUGGCAUCUGCUCCCCCUCUGCUCAGAGGCGCCGCCCUGGUGGUGGUGGUGGUGCUGCUGCUGCUGCUGCCGGGCCUCUGCUGGAGGGGACAGCAAAACCCCUGCACUGUGACAGGAUUCACAAUAAAUAUCCAUUUAUCAUCA